AUGGCUCGUCAAGUCGAAUUCUUCAGUAGGGGAAUCAAGAUCGCUGGAGAUUUGUAUCUCCCCGCUCCCUCAGCACCAGAUCGCAAAGGUGCUGCCAUUGUCAUAGGGCACCCCUCAGGAGGAGUAAAAGAGCAGACCUCCGCUCUCCAUGCGCAACGCCUUGCGGAAAAUGGGUUUAUCGCGCUCGCUUUCGAUGCGGCUUAUCAAGGAGCUAGCGAGGGAGAACCGCGGGGACUCGAGGAUCCAUUCCAAAGGUCUGAAGAUGUUCGCAGCGCAGUUACCUUCCUGUCCACCUUCGAAGAGGUGGACAAAGCACGUAUUGGUGCCUUGGGGAUCUGUGCCUCUGGCGGCUAUGUGCCUUUUGCAGCCCAGACCGAUUUACGCAUCAAGGCGGUCGCCACCGUGAGUGCGGUUGAUCUUGGUGCUAUGACUCGUGAGGGGCUCAAGAAUACCCCAUUUGAGCUUGACAGGGCGACUUUAGCGCAGACCUUAGAGGCUGCUGGAGCAAACAGAAUUGCUGAGGCCAAGGGUGAAGAGGUUCAAUGCAAUCCGAUUGUGCCUGAUCUCCCCGAGGGGCCAGCUGCGGAUGAACCCCUUAAUGAGGCCACCGAAUACUACCGCACUAAACGAGGCUUCCAUCCGCGGUCCACAAACAGGUGCCCUGUCAGAAGCGCGGAUCUGCUUGCCAAUUUCUCGGCGUAUAAUUUCAACAACUUGAUAUCGCCACGGCCACUGCUGAUGAUUGCUGGAGGAGAAGCGCACACCUUAUACUUCAGCAAGGAAGGAAUUGAGCGCGCUGAGGAGCCAAAAGAGUUGUUCAUUGUUCCUGGCCGAAGCCAUAUGGCUCUGUACGAUCAUUUGGAUGAGCAUAUGCCCAAGCUUGUGGACUUCAUGACAAAUGCCCUUUGCAAUUAA